AAUGUCUUGGUACAAAUAAUUAGGAAACUCAGUAAAGGAAUUGAGAUUCGUUUUUUGUUAAACAUGUGGAAGAUCAGAAGGCAUAAGGUAUUCAUAUAUGAUCAAAAUGUAGAAAUCUUGUAUCCAAAAACUAUUGGUAAUGGAAGGAUGCAAAUCCUUAUUUCCCAUUUGUUGUUAGAGAGUGUGAAUCUAUUGACCCAUAUAUCCUCAUUAGAUACAGUACAAUUAUAAACAAUAUAUAGAGUAUGGUGUUGAAAAGAAGGCUUUGAUAGGAAAUCUAAAUGAAUCCGAAUUAGAAUAAGUGAUUGGACAAUUAGUUGCUUAAUCCAAUAAAGUGAAUUCAACUAUAUGAUU